AUGGAAUCUCCAUCUCAUUUUACAUCAGAGAUGAAUCAAUCUCCUCCUCAAGUAACUUCAUCUAAUCCUGGAUAUAUAACACCACCUCGAUCUAAUCCUUCUCUUUCUCAACAUUUUCAUCAACCGAAACUUUUAACCAGUGCUGAAUUAAAACGACGUUUUUCUCCGAUUCAUUCAUCAAAUAAAAAACGUCGACAUAAUCUUAUACGAAAAUAUGAUUGUAUUGUACCAUACGAACGAGAUCUUAACAGACCGAUUAUAUUACAAAAAUUAUAUGAUAAUAAAAAUCAGUUAUCUCCAACAUUAGUAGAUCAAGAUGAUUAUAUAAUUCCAAUAACAUAUUUAAAUUCUUCCAGUAUAUCAUCAAAAUUAAUUCAUCCACGACCGAGUCAUGAUUGUUUAAUGUCAAAUUCUUGUAAAAUUGAACAAGAAAAUUUCUUUCCUAUAUCCGAAACAGUAAUGAAAGAAAAAUUCAAAAUAUUAUUACAAAAAAAAUGA